AUGGUGAAGGAAAAACCGAAUUCUACAAGAAUAUACGACGAAGAAGGGUUCAGACGUCGUGCGGCAUGCAUAUGUGUUAAAAACGAAGACGAAAAUGAGGUGCUUCUGGUCACGUCCUCCAGGCGUCCCGAACACUGGAUUGUACCCGGGGGAGGAGUGGAGCCGGAAGAAGAAGCGAGCGUAACAGCCAUACGUGAGGUACUCGAAGAAGCUGGGGUUUUAGGUCAAUUAGGAAGAUCGUUGGGUGUUUUUGAGAACAUGGAGAGGAAACAUAGAACCGAGGUCUUCGUUAUGGUCGUUAGCGAAGAAUUGCCCGAAUGGGAAGACUCGCAAUCAAUCGAUCGUAAAAGAAAAUGGUUUACCGUCGAAGAAGCUUUGCAUCAAUUGGCACAGCACAAACCGGCACAAUUAACUUAUCUACAAUCGAUGAUUAGUUGUCGAAACGAUAAAGUCACAUGA